AUGUCUGAGUUUCUGGACCUUGAGACCCAGGAUGGGAUAAGAAUGACAUGGAAUGUUAUACCAGGCACAAAGCAGGAUGCUACUAACUGUGUGGUUCCUGUUUCUGCCAUUUAUACUCCUCUAAAGCCAAAUCCUUCCAUUCCUGUUCUUCCUUAUGCCCCUCUCCGUUGUCGCAUGUGCCGUUCGAUUCUCAACCCUUUCUCAGUUGUUGAUUUUGUUGCAAAGAUUUGGGUCUGUCCGUUCUGCUUUCAGCGCAACCAUUUCCCACAACAUUACAACUCUAUUUCAGAAAACAACCUCCCUGCUGAGCUGUUUCCUCAAUAUACCACCGUUGAGUACAAAUCCACUUCUGAAACGGGUCCUGUGGCUCCUCCAGUCUUCCUCUUUGUUGUUGAUACAUGUAUGAUUGAGGAGGAGAUUGGCUAUUUGAAGUCUGCUUUAGCACAAGCAAUUGAACUAUUGCCAGAUCAAUCCCUUGUUGGAUUUAUUACCUUCGGGACAUAUGUUCAGGUGCAUGAAUUGGGUUUUGGCUUGUUGCCAAAGUCAUAUGUGUUCAAAGGGACAAAAGAAGUUACAAAGGAGCAAAUUCUGGACCAAAUGAGUUUCUUUGCUGGGAAAACUAAACCCACAACAGGUGUGAUCGCAGGCGCAAGGAAUGGCCUCUCGGCAGAGAGUAUUGCUAGGUUCCUGUUGCCUGCUUCUGAGUGCGAGUUUGUGUUGAAUUCAGUAAUUGAAGAACUGCAAAAGGACCCUUGGCCUGUUCCAGCUGAUAAACGUCCAUCAAGGUGUACUGGAGUUGCAUUAAGUGUUGCUGCUAGUCUCUUGGGGGUUUGUGUUCCUGGAUCAGGUGCUAGAAUUAUGGCAUUUGUAGGUGGUCCAUCUACAGAGGGACUUGGUUCUAUCGUAUCCAAGUCCCUAUCAGAACCAAUUCGCUCGCACAAAGACCUCAAUAAAGGUUCAGCUCCACUUUAUAACAAAGCUGUUAAAUUCUACGAGGAUAUCUCUAAGCAGCUUGUGAAUCAAGGCCAUGUACUUGAUUUAUUUGCUUGUGCGCUUGACCAGGUUGGUGUUGCUGAGAUGAAGGUUGCUGUGGAGAGAACUGGUGGAAUAGUUGUGCUUGCAGAAAGUUUUGGUCAUUCUGUUUUUAAAGACUCACUUCGACGCUUCUUUCAGUCAAGUGACAAUGAUCUUGAUUUAUCAUUCAAUGGUAUCUUUGAGAUUAACUGCUCAAAGGAUGUCAAAAUCCAAGGAAUUAUUGGACCUUGUACUUCCCUGGAGAAGAAAAGUCCUCUAUCCUCAGAUACAGUUGUAGGUCAGGGAAACACUAACGCAUGGAAGAUGUGUGGUCUAGACAGGAAAACAUCACUCUGUUUAGUAUUUGAUAUUGCAAAGAAGGAUGGACCAGAUUCGGUUGGUGUUGGUCAAUCAGCAAGCAAUCAGUUCUACUUCCAAUUCUUAACCUAUUACCAGCAUCAUGAGGGGCAGAUGAGAUUACGAGCUACUACACUUUCUAGAAGAUGGGUUGCUGGUUCUGGUGGUGUGCAGGAACUAAUAGAUGGCUUUGAUCAAGAGGCAGCUGCUGCAGUCAUGGCACGCUUGGUCUCAUUUAAGAUGGAAGCUGAGGUUUCUAACAACAGUCCCGAUGAAACUGCAUAUUUCACAAUGAUGUUAAACACAGAGAAUGUAUCAAAUGCAGUUGUGAUGAUCCAGCCAUCACUCAUAUCUUAUUCAUUCCAAUCGGGUCCAGAGCCAGUUCUGUUGGAUGUAACUGCAAUUGCAGCUGAUAGGAUCCUUUUGUUGGAUUCUUAUUUUACUGUUGUCAUAUUCCAUGGGAUAACAAUUGCACAGUGGCGAAAGGCUGGUUACCAAUAUCAAGAAGGCCAUGAGUCAUUUGCCCAGUUGUUGCAGGCUCCACAGGAGGAAGCUGAUGCAAUAAUCAAGGAACGCUUUCCUGUGCCGCGAUUGGUCGUGUGUGAUCAAUAUGGUUCUCAGGCUCGAUUUUUGCUGGCAAAGCUUAAUCCAUCGGUCUCGUAUGACAAUCCUCCAGCACCAGGAGGGGAUGUCAUAUUCACAGAUGAUGUGAGCUUCCAGGUCUUCAUGGAUCAUCUCCAGCGCUUGGCCGUUCAUUAG